UAGCCAGUGUCUGUGUCUGUCAGAUCGACCAAAGGUACGUCAGACGUAAGUUGAAGUUACUAGUAAAAAUUUCGAAAAUUUGCCAGUGAUCAGAAAAACUCGAGGUAAAAACCGAAUUUCUUUGCACUAAUAGGAAGAGUGUGUCCAAGGGACACCGAAGGCCACGGUUUUGCAUUACCGAACAAAGUGAGGGAAACAUUCGCUUAAAUAUUGAUAAAAGCGUUUUUCGAAGCCUUAAAGCCAAUCGUUCAUAGUCCUUGGCAGAGUUCUAAGACUGUGUUGAGAUUUUUUGAGGCUAAACGAAAGUUCCAGGUACAAAGCGAAUCGAUACUAUCAGUUCUAUAUAGCAAGUGUAUAUGUUUGCGAGUAAACUCGAAUCCAAGAUGACGUCCAAAGCACCAACUAAAAACAAGGAAAUCCAAAAGAAGUGCAAAUCCAGAGAUGCUGCAAGAUCCCGCAGAGGGCAGCAGAAUGAUGAGUUUAUUGAGCUCUCGCAUCAGCUGCCACUGCCUGAGGCAAUAUCAGGCCAGCUUGACAGGCUGUGCAUAAUGAGGCUAACAAACAGCUAUAUCAAGAUCAAAAAACUACUCAACUCCAUGAUGAAUCAAGAUAUCAGACAAGUACAGCAAUUGAGUCUGAGGGGAUCAUCUGUUUAUGACAAACAAGCUUUAGAGGCUAUGGAUGGAUUUCUUUAUGUGGUGGCACCUGAUGGCCAGUGUUUGUAUAUAUCAGAUAACAUUUCCCACUACAUGGGACUCUCUCAGAUUGAAGUUACUGGCAACAGCCUUUACAAGUACGUUCACCCAUGUGACCAUGAAGAACUAGCCAAUCAACUGGGAGGACAGAUCCCGCUAGAGGACAUGGAGAUCUUUGAUGGGUUGUUCUGUUCAGAUUCAGUUUUUAUGAUGAGUAACCAUCUCAAAAAAGGUUCCAAGAAGGCUAAAGAUAUCAACCCACACAGGUCGUUCUUCCUGCGCAUGAAGAGCACCUUGACUAGCAGGGGAAAGAGUGUCAACCUGAGAGCAUCAACCUACAGGGUUGUCCACUGCACUGGUAGUAUGAAGUACACCGAACGUAUUGGUGCAGAUGGUAAAAAAGAAAAUGUCCCUCUAUUCCUCGUAGCCAUUGCUGUACCACUCAUGUUUGCUACAACCUUUGAAGUACCCCUGGACAGAGGGACAUUCACAAGCAGGCACAUGCUUGACAUGAAGUUCUUGCAGUGUGACGAAAAGGCCUCCAAUCUCCUGGGGUACUCUCAGAAAGAGUUGAUCGGGAAGUCCUGGUACAACUUUCAUCAUGCAGCAGAUUUGGACAAUGUACUUAUGACCCAUAGGCUUUUGCUGACCAAAGGCCAGUCUGUCAGCAAGUACUAUCGAUUCUUAGCUCGUGAUGGUGGUUGGGUCUGGCUUCAGACUAAAGCUCACGUUGUUUAUGACAGCAAGACCUGUCAACCACAGUUCGUCUUUUGCAUCAACUACGUGUUGGGAGGAAAGCAACGGGCCAACUUGAUCCUUUCAAACGAACAAAACAACCCGAUUCCUGUAGCUGGUGGACUUAAGAGCAUACUCAAAACAGACAAUACCCUGAUGAAAGACAAUAAAAACGCUAUUAUCCUAGACGAACGUACCAAGCUGAUCAAACAAACUAAAGCAGGGACGAACAAGAACCAGGAGGGUAUAAAGAAAGAACAACUAUUUGGAAGCUGUGCCGUCAAGCAAGAGAAGAACAAGAAGUUCUGCGACUGCCUUGAAGUGGAUUGUGAGCACAUGAACUUCCAGGAGUGCUUCCCCGUGGCUUGGGAAGACGUAAUCCAGCAGCAAGAGGAGUACGAACAAUACACUUGGGACCACUACGGUGAAGCACCUAUCGAUACCCCACCCAUGUCACCUGGCUCGCUCGACAACGAUUCUCCAGUAACAGAGAACGACAAAGCAAGUGCUUUACUGACAGCAGACCUGGAGGAUAGCGCACCGUUCCUGCCUUCACCGAGCACUGAUAAACACUUGAUGAAGAUCAAAGAAGAGAAAGAUGACUGCAGCAUGAAGGAUGAAGAAGAAGAUGAUGACGAUGAGAAUCUUCACGGACGCGCUCCCUUCAUUCCUCCCCCCUUCACCGACACUGGCCUGACAUGUGACGAUGACAUGUUAACUGAUGUGUCGUUUGGGGACUCGUCGUGCUGGCUAGAUGGUAGCGCCAUCAAAAGCUUCUAUACAUCAUCAGGAAAACUCAAAAGAGCAUCUCAAAGCCUGUCCUCGUCCCCCGUAUCUGUGAGAAAAGUACCGGAUAAUAUUCGACGCAACGGCUACAUCACCAACGAUCUUGUCAGCACCCAGCGAGUGUUGUUCCCAUCAGUCACUCAGUUUGAUGCUGAAGUUAACGCUCCUGUACAGUCUUGUAACCUGUUACAGGGAGAUGAACUCUUGACUGCGCUGGAUCAGGAGAUGAUGGAUAUCAAUCAAGGGUAUAUGUGAUUUACGCUUAUUUAGGAGUUAUUAAGGAAACUAUAUGUAUGAAUAGAGUGGAUGUGUUAUAUUGGUGGUUUUCAACCAUUCCCAAGAGAAUUAAAUAACAAAAGACACGGCGGCCAUGUUGGAGGAUAUAACAAAAGAAUUCAUUGACAAUGCUUUUGUUAAGUUCCCUCAACAUGGCCGCCGUGAAAACCAUCAAUAACCAAGGGUGCCAACCUGUUUUUAAUAUCUAUGUUGGGUGGGAUGCCUGUGUUGGCGUCGUUGAUAAUUUCGUUGGUCCAACACCGCAAUAUAGCGUAUGGGAUUAUCCCCUAUGAUGCUGUCUUGUGGUCUUGGUCUUCGACCGGUGAAUCGAUCAGAGACGGCACAGGUAACCCAUCGUUUUGAAGAUUUUAAAUUGUCAUCUGAAGACUCUAAACAAAUAUAUAUUCUAUAUAUCAUGACUAUUUAUCCCUUGUUGGUUCUGAGCGGACAAAAUAGUCAACAUAAUCCAUGUAUAAUCAUGCCGAUCCGGUAAAAGUUUCUAAAAUAUACUAAUAAGGUUGUGUACCUACCACUUCGUAUGUUCUGUAGCGUAUCCAGACAUCUUUUGGCCCUGUUAGAACACCGAAUCUUAAAUUUGGUAUUUGGUACGCUAAACCGUUACGCUCAGCUUCGGUUAGUCUUAAGAUCGUUAGCGCUAAUACCUCUCAAGGUUCGGUGAGACGAUAUAUUGAAGAAAUAGAAAACGCGCGCGCGUGCUGUGUGAAGUCAUAAAACACGCGAGGGUUGGCAGAACACGAGAGAAGUGUUAGGAGAAGCACGACGCGUUUUUUAUUUCUCUUAUAAAAUACAA